UAACUCUCUUCUCUCUCUCUCGCUCUCUAAACAAAAAGUCAAGAACUUGAGCAUAAAAGCAAAACAGCCAACCUUCUUUCAAAAGUUGCUCUCUCUUUCUCUCUCUUCUUAUGCAGAUUCUCUAAACCACUAGUUAUCCUUCAGUGCUAUCACUAUCCAAACCUCAACAAAGAUGAAACGAAUGGAUAUUUUCUGUGCAUCCCAAGCUUCCACAGCCAUAUGUUUGAGCAUGAAUGAAGCCUCAUCAUCCUCUUCUUCCUCGGCAUCCACCAUUCAACUUGGUGGCCGAGCCAUCGAUCGCCACAACCCCAUCAUUAGAGACGCCAAAAGAUUCACCAGAACUCUGCCUUCCAACCCUUCUACAUCUCAGCCACUGCCAAUCAAUCCUUUACCUUACCAUCAGCUUAGGAAGAAUGAGAAAAGGUCUUCAACCAAGUCAAAUUAUGAUCAUACACAGAAGAGUACUUCUGCAGUUUCAGCCAAGUCCAGUGAUCAUAAGAACAGUUCAUUGAAGCCAAUUGAUUUGGUUAGCAGGAAAAGCACUUCUGACAUUAAAGAUGCAGAUACUGGCAGGAAGAGUUUUGCCAAGCCAAUUGAUUUUGUAACCCCUCCUGGCUCUUCCAGAUAUCUCUUGGGUGACUCUGCAUUUUUCGAUGGAAUAUCGGAUUGUGAUCCAGUUUGGGCAUUGGUUCCUGCUGAAACAAAGAAUAUUCAAGCUAUAAAACAAGACCAAUCCAUUGUUUCAAAACCCUCUUCCUCUCGCUCAGAGAAGCCUUCUGCAGAACAGGUUGUGGUUUUAAGGGUGUCACUACACUGCAAAGGCUGUGAAGGAAAAGUGAGGAAACAUCUAUCUAGAAUGGAAGGUGUGACAUCCUUCAGCAUUGACUUUGCAGCAAAGAAGGUGACCAUUGUUGGAGAUGUAACACCAUUAGGAGUCCUGGCUAGUGUGUCAAAGGUGAAGAGUGCACAAUUUUGGACAUCUGCCAUGUCUGCUUCAUCUGCAUCAUCAGCUCUUGCCUCAAACAAUUUAGCAACCAAGAAAUGAUAACCAAGCAGCAAUCUUAUUAGGACUUUGAAGAAAAAAUCUAAAGAAAUUAGACUACUUUUGAUUUUGAAACUGAUCAUUUAGUUUGUACAUGGAACUUGGUAUUGUUAGCCGAAUCAGAAUCUCUGUUGCUCAUAACAAAGUAAAAAAAAAUAGUG